UAUGACGCCAGAGCUGCUUUCUGUUCCACGCGUGUUUGAAAAGUGUCGAUUUGGAGAUUUUAUUUAAAACACGCAGGAACUUAAACAUAUCUUUAUGGAUAAAUGUUAUGUUUUAUAUUUAAAUAUAAUUACCUCUUUUUCACGGUAAUAAUUACAGCGAUCAAAACUAUACAUUUGCUGUUGUUCGUUAAAACAGUAGACGUCAACUAUACGUUUUUUGUCUUUCUCGUCCCCAGAUUGUAAUUUGUGUCAAACCUAGUUAUGGCCCUACUGGAAAAGACUGAAGUUAAAACAGACCAGGAUACACAAACCAUGAUCACUACUGAAGAGUUAAAUGACCCUAAACCAGAGGAAGAGGAGGAUGGUGAUGAUGAUGAGAAAGCAGAAAUCAAUGAAGAUGCUGACCAGGAGAUGAACAGUGAAAAUGGUAAUGAAACUCUAGAACUGGAGACUAAUAAAGAAGAUGGUCUUGAGAAACAAAAAGGCAAGAAGUUUGUUCCAGGAAUAGUGUAUUUGGCACACAUUCCUCCUAGAAUGAGACCAAAACAUGUUCGGAACAUGCUGGGUUUGUACGGAGAGGUUGGAAGAAUAUUCCUACAGCCUGAAGAUCAUUGUGUUAAAAGGAAGAAAAAAAAGGCAGGAAAUAAUUCAUCCAGUUUCACAGAGGGUUGGGUGGAGUUCAGAGACAAGCGCAUUGCUAAGAGAGUCGCAGCUAGUCUCCACAGCACACCAAUGUCCAACAGGAAAAGGAGCCGGUUCAUCAGUGACUUGUGGUCCAUAAAGUAUCUGCAUAGGUUCCAGUGGUGUCAUCUCAGUGAGCGAUUGGCUUAUGAACGGACUGUCUAUCACCAGCGUAUGAGGACAGAAAUCUCCCAGGCAAAGAGGGAAACUAACUUCUACCUGGCUAGUGUGGAGAAGAGCCAGAACAUGGCGAAACUCAAGAAGAAGAAGGAGAAGAAGGGCGAGGUUGUUGAGGAGAAGACCUGGGACUUCAAGCAGCAUCCUACAGAGGACGAGAUCCAGAUGAAACGCAUGAAGAAGAAAGGAUUAUCCAAGAAGAACCUCCAGAAGGCUCAAGAGCAGAACAAAGCCAUCCAGGAGAAAGCUCAAUCGAAUGUUUCCCUGCUGGCGAAGAUCUUCAACAGUGGCAGUGCUCAGAACUGACAAUAUAAGAAGUUUUAAAGGAAUAGUUCACCCAUAAAUGAAAAAUCUAUCAUCGUUUACUCACCCUCAUGUUUUCUAUACCUGUAUGACUUGCUUUCUUAAAAAUGUCCGGGCUGUUUGUUUUUAGUACAAUGAAAGUGAAUGGGAACUGUACAUUCAUUUUGGUCUGAUCCACACGCAAAGCUAUUACAUGUCUUCAGAAUACUUGGAAUAUAGCGCAAAGGUUGUAUGAAUUAUUUUAUGGCGCUUUUUGUCUUUUCUGGAGUUUGACAGCUCCUGGUCAUUGUAUGCUUUUGUUGUAUGGAACAUUCUGCAAAACAUGGAAUGGAAGAAUGUAUUACGGAUUUGGAACGACAUGAGGGUGAGUAAAAGAUGAUAGAAUUUUCAUUUAUGGGUACAUUAUCUGCUACAGUGACACCUAACAAUAAUGAUAAGUGGGAUUAAUAAUAAAGUGGUAUUUGUUAUACACAGUGGUAUUGG